CGUCGAACACGCCCUGCUCCCAGUGGAACAGGGAGAGGGAGAAAGAUGGCGCCCACACACGUACUGAGAUGCUGUCAACGGGGUUUAGCCUGGAUCCCUGUGAUUUUUAUCGCCCUUGUCGUCUGCUGGUCCUACUACGCUUACGUGGUGGAGCUUUGUUUGUACACCAUUACCAUGAUGGGAGAGCGGAUUGUCUACCUGAUCUUCUUCCACGUCUCUUUCGUCAUGUUUGUGUGGUCUUAUUGGAAGACCAUCUUCACCAAGCCUGCCAACCCUUCCAAAGAGUUUUGCCUGCCAAAAGCCGAGAAGGAGCGCUACGAGAAGGAGGAGAGGCCCGAGUCCCAGCAGGAGAUCCUGUGGAGAGCCGCCUCCACCCUGCCUCUGUACACUCGCACGGGCGCCGGAGCGAUCCGCUACUGCGACCGCUGUCAAGUCAUCAAGCCGGACCGGUGUCACCACUGCUCCGCAUGCGACAUGUGUGUGCUGAAGAUGGAUCACCACUGUCCUUGGGUGAACAACUGCGUUGGCUUCUCCAACUACAAGUUCUUCAUCCUCUUCCUGGCCUACUCACUGGUGUACUGUCUCUUCAUUGCCGCCACGGUUCUACAGUAUUUCAUAAAGUUCUGGACCCUUUGUCGUAGGAAAUCGGCAGAGAACUGCCCGAAGAACGAGCUGAAUAACUCUGCCAAAUUCCACGUCCUGUUUCUGUUUUUUGUGGCGGCCAUGUUCUGCAUCAGUAUUCUCUCCCUCUUCAGCUACCAUCUGUGGCUCGUAGGGAAGAACAGAUCCACAAUAGAGGCAUUCAGAGCGCCGGUCUUCAGAACAGGCUCAGAUAAGAACGGUUUUUCUCUGGGUUUCCGGAAGAACAUCGCUCAGGUCUUUGGCGACCAGAAGCAGUACUGGCUGCUGCCGAUCUUCACCAGUCAGGGUGACGGUCUGACGUUUCCCACCCGAUUGGUCAACGCUGAUGCAGAGCAGGCGACUGUCACUCUGCAACCUGAUUCCAAUAAAUGGGCUAACAGAACUUCAUCUUACAGCGUGCCGGAGGUCUCUGUGAGCCCCCUCAGUGAGUCACAGAACCGCCUUCUGAGCAACGAGCAGCAGGCCAACAACGCCGAUGACCACCUGGCCGAAAACUUCCUCAAAUCAGAGAGUGAAACCGUCACCAUGGAGAGCGAGUCCUAACCAGGAGAAACGCAUGUCAUCUAAUGCGAUGCCUUAAAAAAAAACAACAAAAAAAAAACCCAGUCUUGUUCAUCACCAUGGCAACAGUCCCCAUAAGUGGAUUCCUCGCGGACACAUUCAGAGAAGCUUUUUGGAAACGCAGUCCACUGGCACAGGGCACCACACUAUAUUGCUUUAAUAGCCUUGGCAUUUUUGCAUGCAGUGUUGGACGGACAUCUCUUAAACACGGGUUCUCCAUCACCGCACUCGGCUCGGACGCAUUUCUCUCAUUUUGAUUUUGCAAGUGUAAGAAGAUCCACAGGACUGUGUUUUUUUAUUUUUUAUAUAAUUAUUAUUUUUGUGCCAAAAACCUCCACGAUGCACCUGAUCUCAGACGCUCCGAGCGCGCUGUAAAAUUGUUCAGCUUUUUUUUUUUUUUUUUUAACAAACC